GAGCACGAGCUGCAGGACCUUCAGGAUCAGGCGGAGGACAGGUCGCAGGAUCCGCUUGCCCAGGCGAUGCUUGCUCAAUCCCAGGCCCUCACCUCCUUGGUAAGUCAGUUGGCAGCCGCCUCUGGCAGCCGCCUCUGGCGAACCUCUCCUCGACUUCGCAGGUACUGGGUCUGUAGGCGUCAGAGGUGCCUCGCAGAGGGCAAAGCUGCAGGAGGAGCACAAGUGUUGGCCAAUUUGGUCGCACUUGCUUUCGAUGCCUUGCAAGCCGAUCGCGUCGACAUGGCAAAAGACCAUAUCGCGCUGCUGGCCGUCUUUCUCGAACAGACCUUGCUCGAUUCAAACAGGACGGAUGUUGCUUAUCACCUGACCCUGCUAGAGGAACCUCCUGUGGGGAUGUUUGUGGCAAGGCAAGGCCAAGGGGCUCAAAGUCGGGCUUUUGCCCCACUCGCGUCCCAACGCUGGGUGACAGUUGUGUUGUCCUACUUGAAGGAACUCGACACAAUACAGGGCCGCCGCCAAGAAUUCGUCAAGGCAUCCAAGGCCCCUCCUCCUCCAAGCCAGGGCGCCACAGACCCUUCCCCAAAGCCAAAGCGCCCGCCUCGAAAGAGGAUAGCCUGUGGAGAACCCCGAACGCCCAUCACCGGGACUCGUUUCCUCUUCCUCCUGGAAGAUCUGGCCCAGACCUUCUUGCACGCCUUGUUGAGCUCGAGCACUUUGCAAAAGGCUGAUAUGCCAAACCUCGCCACUGAGGACCCGGACGAGAACCUCAGGUGCUCCCUGCUUGCGCCGAUCCCUGGGCCUUCUCGUGCUCGUGACUUGCAUGGUGCUGCGGCCCUUGUCUACGACAAAGAAGGCGUCAUUGGGUCCCCUGAGAAGGACGUUGUUGGACAAAACCUUUUUCAGGCCAUUGGGGCCGAAGUAGACUCAGGGCCUGCCUGUGUCUCUCGUGGCUGUGUGCCUGCUGCAGCGCCUUUGUCUCGAAGGCUUCCGCUUGCCGCCCUAAGCCUCCGAGCUGCAAAGCUGUCUUGUACUUCGAAGCUUCUCCUGUCGCGCCUUGCCGGAGCUUGGGUCUCUGUUGCGAUGUUCCGGAGAUGCUGCAUGUGCCUCUUCAAUGAAGUUUUCCCUGCUUCUCUUGCAAAAGGAAGCCCGCAACGUCAGCACGCCAUCCCUCAGAGCCGCACGCUUGCCCAGGAGCUGUGCCUUGCCUCCUGCUCUGAUGUCACUGCGCCUCACCUGCCUGACAUCUACGCCUCUGACGCCUCUCUUGGGCGAGGGGCCUACUGCAAAGCCCCCAUCGGUCCUGCUCUCUCUCGAAGCCUCUGGCUGAAUGGGGAUCGAAAGGGUGCUUACUCUAAGCUUGACGUCGGAGCGGUCCGCACCACCUUCAGCCCAGCUGCUCAUCCUUGCCUUCGCACCUACCGGCUGCCUGAGGGCAUCGACCGGCGCCAUCCGCGUGUUAUGCAUGGCAAUGCGUUGGCUCAGCGCUGCUUGGUUUUCUUCCUGUUUGCCUUGAGAUUUGGUUGCCCGGCUCUCUUUGAGCAACCGCGUGGCUCCAAGCUCGCAUGGACUAGCUGGAGUUCGGCGGGUUCGCGUUUCGUAGCUUUGCUCGAUUCCCAAGUCGCCAAGGCGGCAGCCGCGAAAGGACGUUCAACGUCCCAGGCUCUCUCCCCGGGCUUGCGCAGAAUUGCUGCGCAUCAGCUUGCCUUUGGGUUGUAUCCCGCACUUGGCUUCGCACCUACCAGGUUGAACAUUGCAGACGAUCCGACCCGCUUUGCUGAGCUGCGCAAGCCUUGCCUCCACUCGCUGCAUAAGCUCUUGCCUGCCCAAUGCCUGCAUGGUCUGGGGGAGUUGCGGUUUUCUCGCCCUCAGUCCGGCUGGGUCCGGCUUUUUCUGCUGCUUCAUGUCAUCGAUGGCCCUCCUUCCGACUUCCUGCGUCAUGCUGUCUCUGGGCGGUUCGGGACCGAAGCCUGCCCUUACACCCCAGACUGCCAUCGUGACUUUGACAACACUCUGGGUUUUCCUGGCGAGGGCCCUGUGCCCCAGCCUCUUCUUGCCUGCCUCUCUCAGGCCUUUUUCUCACGCUCGCCUCUCCUCAAGGCUCGAGCUCUCUUCUUCACAGCUGUGUCUGGAUUUGCCACCUUGCUUUGGACUUUCUCUGUGUUGGACUUUUCCCCCAAGAUCAUGCGGCCUGCCACGAGGACGACCCGCCUUAAACUGCUGCAAGAGUUUGACCUCUGGCUGAAAAGUAGUUGUGGGAGCACGUUGGAGAAUCUCUUGGCUGUCGGCUUUGAUCAGGUUGAGAUUAUUGCAAACACCCUGGUUUCCUACGGGCAGCAUUUGUUUCGAAGUGGCGCUGCAUAUAACAAGUACUCUGAAACGAUUAAUGGUGUGGCCGCAGCAAGGCCAGGAAUUCGCAGGUCCCUGGCCGCCUCUUGGAAUCUUGCUUUCGCUUGGCUCUCUGAGGAGCCCCACCAGCACCACAGAGCGCUACCAAAAGGGGUCUUGUUGGCCCUCCUUUCUGCUGCCCUUCUUUGGGGUUGGAUAGCAGAGGCUGGCGUCUUUGCGUUGUCCUGGGCAGGCUUACUGCGCUCAGGUGAGGUCACAGAAGCUCGGCGCUCUGACUUGAUCCUCCCCCGCGAUGCUGCCCCAGGCACCACCUUUGCGCUACUGCAGAUAAGGAAUCCAAAGACAAGGGGUCAUGCUGCAAAGCACCAGUCUGCCCGCAUUGACCCUCCGGAUAUCAUUCGCAUCCUGGACCUGGCUUUUGGAAGCUUGCCACGUG